AAGUUUUAGCCGGUGAUCAAAUCCCUUCGAUGGACAACUUAGUUACUAGACUUCUUCGUGUACCUACAUUGGUCAAAGAUGAAAGUUCAACUGAUGUUUUUGAAACAUCAGCAAUGGUAGCACCACGAGGAAGAGGAGGAGGUCGGAGCAACCGUGGAGGACGUGGUGGUCGAAGUGGGCGUCCUCAAUGCUCAUAUUGUAAUAGAAUGGGCCAUACCCAAGACAAGUGUUAUUCCUUACAUGGUUUUCCCGAUAAAGCUGCUCAUGUGUCCAAGUCUGAUCAUUCAGAAUCUAGAAUUUCUGAUGAAGAGUACCAAGAAUUCUUGAGGUACAAAUCUGAGAAAUCCAACAAUCCUGGCCCAUCCUCUUCAAUGUCAACUGCAUGCAUCUCUCAAUCUGUGGAAGGUCUUAGUCCAUGGAUUCUUGACUCAGGUGCCUCAGAUCAUGUCUCUGGAACAUGGUACGGGUCGUCUGAUUGGAGAAGGACAUGAGUCACGGGGACUUUAUUUCCUAAAACCAAGCUCCUCAGUAUCUUGUUUUGCAACUUCAUCCCCAAAACUUUUGCAUGAUCGUUUAGGUCACCCAAAUUUGUCUAAGUUGAAGAUGAUGGUUCCGAGUCUCCAACACAUUCAAGCCUUAGAUUGUGAAUCGUGUCAGUUAGGAAAGCAUGUUAGAUCUUCCUUCCCUAAAAAGUCUGAGACACGAUGUAAUUUUGCUUUUUCUACUGUUCAUUCUGAUGUUUGGGGACCAAGUCGUGUCACUUCUUUUGGUUUUAACUAUUUUGUAACGUUCAUUGAUGAAUUCUCUCGAUGUACUUGGGUUUAUCUAAUGAAAGAAAGAUCGGAACUUUUAUCCAUAUUUGUGUCCUUCUUUAAUGAAAUUAAGAACCAA